CCCGGGGACAGGAAACCUCGGAGCCCGAGCCCGCCGCCCCCGCCGCCCCGCGGCCCGCGCGCCCGCCGCCCCGCCCUCCCGUCCGGCAGCAUCCCUCGCCGCGGGGCACUGCGGGGGCCCGGCCCGCACCGCAGCCUCCCGGUCCCGGGGCCCGGCUGCGACCCCCCCGCAGGAGCGGCGGGGCGGGGUGGGGGGGCCCGGGGGAAGAUGGCGACGCCGGGGAGCGAACCCCAGGCUUUCGUCCCUGCCCUGUCCGCGGCGGCGCUGCACCCUCAGCAUCACGCCCACCCGCAGCACCAGCACCAGCAGCACCACGGAGGCACCGCCGCGGGCAGCGGGGUCGCGGGCGGCGGCGGCGGCGGCGGCGGCGGCGGCGGCGGCUUCAACCUGCCCUUGAACCGGGGGCUGGAGCGCGCGCUGGAGGAAGCGGCCAAUUCCGGGGGGCUGAACCUCAGCGCCCGGAAACUGAAGGAAUUCCCCAGGACCGCGGCCCCGGGGCACGACCUCUCGGACACGGUGCAGGCAGAUUUAUCUAAAAACAGACUGGUCGAAGUCCCAAUGGAAUUGUGCCAUUUCGUAUCACUGGAAAUUCUUAAUCUGUACCAUAAUUGCAUCAGAGUCAUUCCUGAGACCAUCAUUAAUCUGCAGAUGCUGACUUACUUAAACUUGAGUCGGAAUCAGCUGUCUGCCCUGCCUGCCUGCCUGUGUGGUCUGCCUCUCAAAGUCUUAAUCGCAAGUAACAACAAACUUGGGUCGCUGCCAGAGGAGAUAGGUCAGCUCAAACAGUUGAUGGAGUUGGACGUCAGCUGCAACGAGAUCACAGCCUUGCCCCAGCAGAUAGGUCAAUUGAAAUCUCUACGGGAACUGAAUGUCAGAAGAAAUUACCUUAAAGUUUUACCACAAGAACUAGUAGAUCUUCCCUUGGUAAAGUUUGACUUUUCCUGCAAUAAAGUGCUCGUGAUUCCCAUUUGUUUUAGAGAGAUGAAACAGCUGCAAGUAUUACUACUUGAGAACAACCCUUUGCAGUCUCCUCCAGCACAGAUUUGCACAAAGGGCAAAGUGCACAUAUUCAAGUACCUGAGUAUACAAGCCUGUCAGAUUAAGACAACCGAUUCCCUUUAUCUCCAAACGAUGGAGAGGCCACAUUUACAGCAGCACGUGGAGGACAGCAAGAAGGAUUCUGAUUCGGGUGUUGGAAGUGAUAAUGGAGAUAAGCGUUUAUCUGCCACGGAGCCUUCUGAUGAAGACACUGUUAGCCUCAAUGUGCCAAUGUCAAAUAUCAUGGAAGAAGAACAGAUCAUCAAGGAGGACUCAUGCCAUCGCCUUAGCCCAGUUAAAGGGGACUUUAAUCAGGAAUUUCAACCAGAGCCUUCCCUUUUGGGUGAUAAUGACAACUCAGGAGAAGAAAGAGACCAAUUUACUGAUGGAACAGAUGUUCUCCGUUCAGAAUUCAUAACCUAUAUUAAGGAUAGGACAGAGGACUGUGAAGAACUGUUACGGAUAGAAGAGGACACACACUGGCAGCCUGAGGGAAUAGUAAGUUCAUCCAAAGACCAGGACGUGGAUAUAGCGAUGAUUGAACAGCUGAGAGAAGCAGUAGAUUUGCUGCAAGAUCCCAACAGAUUAAGCGCGGAUAUUACAGAGAGAAAUGUCGUAAACUUUUAUCCUAUGGAAUCAGCAGAAGCCUUAGACUUACAAGAUUCUGCACUCAAUGGUCAAAUACAACUGGAGACGUCUCCGGAGUGUGAGGUGCAAAAUGAUCUAACAUUACAGAGCAACGGGAGCGAGUAUUCUCCAAAUGAGAUUAGAGUGAACUCCCCUGCAGUCUCUCCUACCAGCAACAGCACAGCUCCAUUUGGCCUGAAGCCUCGAUCAGUGUUUCUAAGACCUCAGAGAAAUUUGGAAUCUAUAGACCCACAGUUUACAAUUCGGAGGAAAAUGGAACAGAUGAGAGAGGAGAAGGAAUUGCUGGAUCAACUCCGUGAGAGCAUCGAGAUGAGACUCAAGGUCAGCCUACACGAAGACCUGGGGGCCGCCCUCAUGGAUGGCGUGGUCCUCUGCCACCUGGUCAAUCACAUCCGCCCGCGAUCCGUCGCAAGCAUCCACGUCCCCUCCCCAGCAGUCCCCAAACUCAGCAUGGCCAAAUGCAGAAGAAAUGUGGAAAACUUUUUGGAAGCAUGCCGAAAAUUAGGAGUGCCAGAGGCCGACCUGUGCUCUCCGUGUGACGUCCUGCAGUUGGACUUCCGUCACAUUCGAAAGACUGUUGGCGCUCUGCUGGCACUUGGGGACAAAGCCCCACGACCGAGCUCUGCCCUCCGCUCCAGGGACCUUCUGAGCUUCUGUCUUGUCCCUAUUCUCUUUGUCAUUCUGGCCUUGGUCACUUACCGCUGGAGCGUUCUGGCCGCCUAGCGUCUGCACCCACCCCCCAUCCGUCUCGGGGACCCCCCCCCGCCCCCAGUGGCCCAUUAGCAGGCUCUCGGGCCGGCCGCCGGGUGCCAGGCCCAGGCUUCCUCCCUCCCUCCCUCCUGCUGGCCCGGGGGGAGCCGACGAGGGUUCCAGAACAGGAGCAGAGGGGCUCUAUCAGCGCAUGGAGAAUGUUCGGAUGAACAUUCAAACUUCAUUAAGACGUGCAAUAUGGCAAUUUUACUGGGGGUUUUAACCCUAUCUAAGAUACGAUUGCUUGCUGGGGCUUAGCAACAGGGUCCAGCUCACACUUAGCACUAAUUAAAUACUUGAUUGAAUAAAUGCAAUGCCAAACAAAAUGCAUUCAAAUGCUUUCUAAAAAAAAAAAUCAAUUUUAAAGGCCUUUCUAUUCAGGCUAAUGACAAACACAAUAAGGGCAGAUAUGCUAGUUUAACCUAAUUGGCUGACUUUAUACAGCACUUACAUCUUUUAGUCCACAAGUAUAUUAUCAAAUGAUAGAGAACAUCUAAUACAACCAUUUCUACAGAACUAGGAAAUACAUUUCUAAGAAAGAAAGAUUUUACAGACCCCAUCCUUUUACACCCAACCCCAACAGUCUACUCCAGCACUUGGCCGUCGAGGUGUAGGAGGGCCGGCUGGCGGAGGAGCUCCGAGGCUGGCAUGGGGUCCCCAGUUCGGCCCAUAAUUGUAAGAAUCCCCUGAUGGACAAGCUGAAAGAGCCCAUCGCGACUGCCUGCCUGGCUGGCCAUGUGGCUGGAUUCCUCCCUGCUUCCUGCAGCCGGGGCUGGGAGGGUGGCCCCCCUCCACCCAAGGGAGCCCCUCUGCCCUACAGCAUGACCCCCCCCAGCUGUGCAGUGGGCCACAAGGGAUCGAGGGUCCCUUGCUGUCCGAGCACCCCCCGGAGGCUUCGCUUGCACGUCACCUCGCGCGUAUUUUUACGUUUUGCUCCUUGUUAGGUCUGCCCUGAGCUCUAAGGAAAGCAUGUUUCCGGAGGGGAUUUCUAUUUUUAAGUACAGUCAUGGGUCGUUUUGGUUUUUUGGCUCCAUCACAUCAUAACUGGAGGUCAAGAGUGUGAUGGAUUUGACUGUAUUUGCUUUCAAAUAAAGCCAUGAGUCAUGGAACAUUCUUGGUCCUAGGACUUGGGUCACGGUGGCCGGAGCCAACAAUGAGAUUGGCUCUUAUUUUAGAAGAAUGUAGUUUCCCUAACAACCUGAAAUUUCCCUCGAGCCUUUGAUGCCCGGUGACAUUAGCAAGCUGCUCCUGUCUUGAGGAAGCUUACAGGGUCACCUAGUAACUGUAUCUGCUUUGGGAGCAAAGCGAUCCGUUUGUAACUAAAAGAAAAGAGAAAAAAAAAAAACAACAUUAGAAUCUUGUCUUGGCCAAGACAUUCCUGGUUCUGGGAUGUCUCUUCCUAACAUGAGAAGGCCCUCCUCCGUGGCUCGGGUCCCCCUACGCUCCACCUUACAUCCAGUUGCCAAAUACUAUUCAUUUCUUCGCUUUGGGAGAUGAUUACGUUAACUUCUUCGAGAUAAGUUUCUAGCUUACUGAGAUGUGAAGAGUCUACGUCGACGGCUGCUAAGAAGAUAAUUGUAUUUUUCCGAACGCUUCCCCGAGCCCAGGGGGACUUGAGAAUAUGGAAAACCCACAUAGUCAGAAGACUGUAUUUAUAUGUAGUCUUUGUGGCUAAAUCUUAGGUCAGGUUUUCUAACAGGUAACGUUCUUUAGGUGAAAGCACCUUGUUGGGUUCCCUGAGCGGUUUCUCUCCUGAUUCUGUGUUGACUGGGGGAAAUACAGGGCGUGUGGACGUGACCCGGUUAACCUGGGCUGUGUGUAAGGAGCCCACAAGAUGUACUCAACCGUUGUGGGCGCCACCUUGUGCUCUUCCACCUGUAACACAAUAAAGUCCCUUUGUGCAAAGUCUCACGCGCACCCUGAGCCGUAAGUUGUCUUCGUAAACACGUUUCCCUUCCCCAGCCCACACCGAUACGCUGAUUUGUGCCCCACCCAGAGCAGCUCUCUGCUUCCAUCUGGCUCUGCAGCGCUCUGAGGCCUCCCUUAAUGAUGGCCACUGUUGGGUUUUGCUUUUUUUCUUCUUUGGGAGGGGUGGGAAGAAGAGAGCAGACUCACAGGGUGGCACCUGCAAGAAAAUUCUAUCCAUAGCAACUGGGUAGAGCAAUCACGUGAGAUCAGACUUAAUUCUCAGUGUUGACUUGACAUCAUUCUUGGGCUGUGGUCGUAUUUCAGCUCUGGCUCAAAGGAUUCUCUGGAUGCACUUUCAUUUCUCAUGUCGUUAAUGUAUUUGUAUCCUAGCGUGCUGCCCCUCUUGGGGUCUGUUGGAUGGUAUCUCUCUCUCUCUCUCUCUCUUUUUUGUUUUAAUCAACCAACAGGACGCAAUUAAUUUAGCCCUUUCGGCACAACUUGGAAUGAACUGUCUUGUCCAUUGUCAGGCUGUUCAUUUCUACUCAGAACAUUAGGCCUCGCCAUGGUUCUUCCCCGAGGUACCCACCCACCAGCUCGUGUGCUUGCGUGACGCCUGCCGGUACAGCGUGCCUGGGGUGCAGGCUGACGUGCUUGCCGUCGGAGAGCUGCUCAGGGAUUUAGUUGUGUGAUUGAGACGUGCGCCCCGAAUCUCCUUCCUCACACAAGAAACACCAUUCUCCCACUACUUCCUUCCAGCGUCUGAUAAAAAGAAUCAACUGUUUAUUCAUAUCCUUUCUUUGAAAUAGAAGAUUGGCUUCCUCCAGCUCCUCCAGUCGCUGGCAGGUCACCACUCAAGUGUCAGGAUUUCCACAGUGUGUCACAGCUGAUGUAUGGAUUGUUCCCUCUGGGUGUGUGUGUGUGUGUGUGUGGUUUUUUUUUUUUUUUAAUAUUUUAUUUAUUUAUUCCCGAGAGACACAGAGAGAGAGGCAGAGACACAGGCAGAGGGAGACGCAGGCUCCAUGCAGGGGGCCCGAUGUGGGACUCGAUCCCGGGACUCCGGGGUCACGACCUGAGCUGGAGGCAGAUGCUCCACCGCUGAGCCCUCCGGUGCUCCUGUUCCCUCUGUUUAUGGAUUCGUGGUUCACACGCGGCUCACUGUUCUGGGCGGGACACUUAGGGAACGAGGCUGGUGGAGAGAAGGCCCUGCAGAGCCGAACGUAAGACAGCUGAGUAGGAAUCGCACCAAGGAGAUAGGUAAGAAAAAAGGCACUGGAUACCCUGAAACCGCUUAUUUGUGAGAACUUAAGUUGAGUGCAUGGUGGCUCGGGUUAUCUCUCGAAAAUCCAGCACACAAGGGCAAAGGACGUUUCACCUCGCAGGGUCGAGUAAUGGACAGUGGAGCAAAACUUCAAGAAAUGUUUUUAAAUUAAUUAAAUUCUAAUUCAAUCUCAAUUUUUCAAGAACCUGAACGUGGUUUGGGAUCAAGUGGGAAAAAAAUAUUUCAGUAUCAUCGUAUUUCAAGAGAUUUGGGUCUGAAAUCAGGCUUCGGGUUCUGAAACCAGCUCUCAACGACCAGUCAGAGACGCGGAAUAUACGCUUUUUUUCCUCUUUGAGGCCAUCGGGGUCCAGUUCCGUGGCUCUUCAACGUGAUUUCCUUUGUGCCUGUGUCCGUCUGUUGGUCCUUCAAGCACCGAGCGCGGCUCUUUGAGUAAGGAAGGUUCUGUGGCAGGUCUUGGG